AUGGGUAACCGUGACACUACCCAAUUCCUUGCGGAAGAUCUGGGAAUGUACGUGGACUACGGUCCAGGACCCAAUAAGCACACCUGGGGCUGCGCUCUGCUCUCCAAGUUCCCGAUUCUCAACUCGACACACCACCUCCUCCCAUCUCCAGUUGGCGAGCUCGCACCAGCCAUCCACGCCACUCUAGACAUGUACGGCGAACAUGUGGACGUUGUGGUCUUCCACUCAGGCCAGGAAGAAGAUCCAGAAGACCGUCGGCUGCAGAGCGAGUAUCUGUCGAAGCUCAUGGGAGACUCUCCACGACCUUUGAUUCUACUCAGUUACCUCGUCACGAAGCCCCUUGAAGGUAACUAUAACACAUAUGUUAGCGAGGCGAGUAGGAUGAGAGAUAUUGACCCAAGCGAUUGGGAUCGGUGGUGCGAGUAUAUCCUCUACAAGGGAAUUAAGCGAACGGGCUAUGCGAGAGUUGGCAAAUUCCUCGUGGGUCAACCGGAAGAUAUAUCUAACGUCCGCGUUUCCGAAGAUCAUGUACCUGCCGGACUGCGAUUCCCGGCUCUCUUCCGGGGCCAAGGCGUCCGUGGCCACAGGUACCAUGUGUUUGAUGAGCCGCGCUAUUUCGUUUGA